AUGGCGACAGAAUUCUCAACCUUUUCAGAUUGUGGUGGUGGUCUUGCUGCGGCGAUCUCAUGUUUACGUGGUGGAUGCGAAGUCGUUGUUCUCGAAAAGGCGCCCGAGAUCUCUCCCAUUGGCGCCGGGAUACAAAUUCCACCAAAUGCAGCACGCGUCUUGCAGCAUUUCGGCCUCGAACAGGAAAUCAGAGAUGCAGGGGCUAUUCAGGUGAAGGCAAAUCAUCUCAAGCGAUAUAAAGAUGGCAAGAUCCUGUGCACCAGACUUGGGGGUCAGAAAAUGAUUGACGAGUUCAAUGGGCCGUGGUUCGUGAUUCAUCGAGCAGAUUACCACCGAGUGCUCUUGAACGAGGCAGUCCGACUUGGUGGCCAACUGCGGACAAACGCAGAGGUUGUCGACAUCAACUAUGCUGCAGAGCGGCCUGAAGUCGUUCUCCAUACAGGCGAGUCCAUUACGGCUGAUGUAGUCGUGGGUGCAGAUGGCCUGUGGUCAGGCGUCAGAGACAUCGUGCUCGGCGAGCCCUCUCCACCAAUUCCUACUGGAGAUCUUGCAUAUCGAGGAACCUUUUCAAGGGUACAGCUGGAAGCCUUUAAUGAUCCCAGCAUCAAUGAACUGAUCGACUCCCGAUGUACUUACAAUUGGAUGGGACCGGACAGGCACAGCGUCUUUUAUCCGGUGAAAGACUGUACUGCAUUCAAUCUCGUUCUCAUCCGUCCGGACAAUCUACCUCCAGGUUCUAGAACGGCGCUUGGUGACAUCGACGAGAUGCGGAUGACCUACGAAGGUUGGGAUCCGGUUCUUGCGAAGAUCAUAUCGUGUCAUGACAAUGUGUUGAAGUGGAAGUUAUGCCAUCGCGAAGAAUUGAGCACAUGGGUCAAGAACAAUGUGGUGGUUCUCGGUGAUGCAUGUCAUCCCACCUUGCCGUACCAAGCACAGGGAGCUGCAAUGGCGGUCGAGGAUGGGCUUGUCCUGGGUCUACUCCUUGGCCGACUCCGAAGCACCGAAGCCAUCCCUGAACAGGAAAAGAAAGCCCAUAUCAACUCGGUCCUCACAAUGUUUGAAGGACUACGCAAGAAGAGGACAACGACCAACGUGAAAGGCGCUAUAGCGAACAGAGUGAUGUUUCACAUGCAUGACGGUCCGGAGCAGGAAGCUCGGGACAGUGAACUUGCGGAAGUGGACUGGGUCAAGCCUUGCCGGUGGGGAUGGGCAGAUCCGGGGUAUCAGAAGAAGAUGCUGGCUUUUGACUCGGUGGCCGACACCAACAACGCUUUCAAUCGUUGGGUAAGUGAGCAUGGGAAGACAACUCAGCUGGAGAACGCGAAUGGGCAAGUGCGGCUAUGAUUUUGAAUUUGCUGCGUGCGGUAAGUAACGUUUUCAGCCAUGUUGGACCGCAACGGCAGAAUUGGUGUGUAGCUGCUUCCCAUUGCUGAGGCCUUGUACGAAGUAUGUUGAUAUAUAUUGGUAGGGAAAUGCAUGCUUAGACUCUUC